AAGCAGAUCGAUUGAUUUAAUCGACCAGCUAGCUCUCGUUCGAAGCGAUCGAACAAUAAUCAUGUCGGAGUACUCGCAGAAGCCAUUGGUGAGGCCCCUGACCCAGUUGGAUAGUCAGGUGUUGGAUUCAGUUUAUGGUUGUUAUGUCGUGAACAAGCCUGGUGAAACCUUCAAUGUGGAGGCUCUUUUCAGUGUUGUCUCAGACAUCAUGGGUCCUUCCUUUGGUCUUGCUGAUCCAAGCAUUAAGUAUGAUCGACGAGACACGAAGGACAAGUCUUACCUUGCCAAUUUCGAGCCACCGACACAUCUCCUCAAGCAUAUUGCUUGUCAGAUGAUGGAAACACCACAUGAUGAGCACCACUCAUAUGCGCACGAGACAACAAUGGGGAUUCUGAAAGACCUAGACGCAUAUUCAUGGUGUGCAAAAGCAGUGACAGCACUGGCAGCAUUUGCAUUGGAAUAUGGGAAUUUCUGGCAUCUUUUUCAGGUUCCAAAAGAAGACAACCUUGGAAAAUCAUUGGCUGUGUUGAACCAUGUUCAAGCUUUUGAGAGAAACCGAAGGGACAUCUUCGACUACAACCUCGUCGUCAAGACUGCUUUCCUCUCCGUCGAUUGUCUGGUUAGGUUAGAGAGAAUGUCCAAACAAGGCUAUGACGUUAAGGACGACAUCCCUACUUUGGAAACGGCCAUCCAGGAAUUCCCUGUCUUUGUUUACUGGAUCGUCCUCACCAUUGUUGUCUGUGCAAGUUAUCUCGAUAUCCUCAUGGGUUACUCGUCGAGUGCAUAUGAAUUAUCCAGUAUUAGCAGCAAGAUUUCAGCUGUUCUCAUCAAAUUAAAGGAUUAUCUGGCCAAGAUAGACAAUGAGAAAGCCCUGAUAGAUGAAUACAUUGGACGUUAUAGGGUGGCAUUUCAAACUCCCACAGAAAUCGUACAGGUUUUGAAGUGCUUGCUUUUCCCCAGAGAUUUGAAGGACCCACAUGUUUAUCAUGGCUCCACUGGUUCAAUGGUGAGUAUCGAAGUGUUCUGGCAAAAGCAUGUUCUUCUGUUCCUUUCUGGGCUAUACAGCAUAGCAGACGAGACUCGUCUGCUAAAAUCAAUCCACGAAGGACUGAUGAAAGAUCCGAAGGAAGUAAAAGGUUUCAGAAAGGAUGACUUCAAGAUAUUGUGGGCCCCAAUAGUGGAUGAACAGGUAGGAGGGGACACAUCAGACAGGAAACAGUUCGAGGAUCUGAAGAGACAAAUGGACUGGUACGUUGUGGAAUACUCCAUUAUUCCACCAAUAUGCAAGAAGCUGAUAAGAGACAGGCUGAGGUACCAGAACAAGCCGAUGGUUCCAGUGUUUAAUCCUCAAGGUCGGCUCACAAACGAGAAUGCCUUGCAUAUGUUGUUUGCUUGGGGUGACCCAGCUUUCCCUUGGGGCAAAGAUGAUGACUUGCAUCUAAACAUGAAGUGGAACUGGUUUUGGACUGAAAUGAAGAAACACAACCCUAAAAUUGACAGUUGGAUCAAGGACGAAGGUUACAUCGUCAUCUAUGGACGCACCGACACAGAAUACUGCGACGACCAGUGGCUGCUGAUCAUGCCGGAGCAAUUGGAGAGAGUGAAAAGGGACGAGGUCACAAAAAGAUCAGACGUGGUCAUAAAUUACUACCACCAUGGCAAAGGGAAGGAUGAGCUGAGAAUCGUUAAUGGCUUCUGGGCUUACGUCGAGAACUUAUUCGACAGCAUGAAGAGGAAGACGACCAAAGAUCCUUCCUUCGAAGAAGCUAAGGCCUUCCUCGGACUCCGACAAGAGCAAGCCGGCUGGGUUCUUCUGAGCAAAGGUGCCAACGUUAAACUGCUGUGUCGUGGUGACACAUUUUAUCAGACACUCAAAGAAUUUGAUGCCUGGAAACUCAACAUUGAAAGGGAUCCUGGUUUUGAUGUUUCCUUUGCGAAACACUAUGAAACUCUCUUCUCCAAGCUUCCUCAUCAUGCGAAUUGCCUUCGUUUGGACGUUAAGUACCAUGUUAGUGAUAUUUACAGUCCAAUUUAUUGCAUGUGUGGUCGUCCCAUGGAUAUUGAGCUAGUCAGAUAUGUUUGUUGCCAUGGAUAUAAGGAGGAACCUGUGGAUGCUGGCGAUGUUCAGAUUUUCCGGUGAGUAAUGAAGGAAGAUGAGGCCGGAAGGAAGGCCGGCCGGCCGGCGAGCUUUUGAAGAAAGCCGUGAUGGUUUCAAUUUAUUGUUUAUUUUGGUGAAGUGUUGUGGCAGACGAAUUUGUUGGUGUGAUUUUAGCCUCUUUGUGUCGUUGUUGUUAAUGCCCUUUUUCAUGGGGUUUAGAAUAAAUGGCUUCUAAUUCGUCUGCUUUGUUAUAAUGUAAAAGUUGUUUUCCAUUCAGACAUCCAUAAUAAAAUUCAUUUCUUU